UUUUUCGUUACAAAAUUGCAAUAUUUUCCAAUUAUUUCUCUACUUAUUAUCGUUUUUGAAAUUUAUGUGACCGUAUUAUUUCACUGAUAUGUAUAAAAGACUGUUUUUUUUUCAUUUAUUGUAAUUAAAUUAUAGUUUAAUUCUAGUAAAAAAUCUUUCUACUUAUGAAUUUUAAUUAUUUAAAAUGUCGCAGAGGGCUGCAAAAAAAAAAACUCGUCAAACACCAAAUCCAUUGUUUGAAAAAUGGAUUUCAGAAUGGUUAAAAGAAGCUACUGAUAAAGGUUUAGAAGUCCGACAUGGUUAUCAACGUGCAUUAAGUUCAUUGCGAAAAUGUCCAUUGCCAUUUAAGAGCGGAAAAGAAUGUUUGAUUCUAAAAUUUUUUGGUCCAAAGUUAUGUGCUAAAUUAGAUAAGCAGCUCGAACAACAUAAUCAGCAGAUAUCUACAGUUUCAGAUGAAGGUAUUAGAGCUGAAAUUUCUAAAACUACAAAAGAUGUGAAUGUUUUAAAACCUUCAACAAGUAACCAAAAUCAGAAUUCAAUAAUUUCUCUAACUCAUAAUGAUAUUCCUAAAAAUAACCAUACUGUGGUAGAAAAAGAGAAGAUAGUUAUGUGGCCAAAUGAAUUUACUGUCGUGUUAUUAAUUGAUACAGGUGAAUCUAGUAGUUUACGAAAAACCAAUGUAGACAAAGUCAUUUCAGAAUUGUCAGCUUUAAACGUGAUCUUUGAAAUGAGACGAUUAAGUGUUGGAGAUUUUGCUUGGAUUUGUCGUGAUAGAAGUGGAAGAGAACUUAUGUUACCAUAUAUACUAGAACGAAAACGAUUAGAUGAUUUAUCAGGUAGCAUUCAAGACGGCCGUUUUCAUGAGCAGAAAUUUAGAUUAAAACAAUGUGGACUUGAAAAUAAAAUAUAUUUAGUUGAGAACGAAAAAAAAUAUCAUGGAUUACCAAUAUCACAUUUACAACAAGCAUUAGCAAACACUGAGGUCAUAGAUGGGUUUACAAUUGUGAGAACGGAUAAUCAUUUAGAGUCUAUGAAAUAUAUUGCAAACUUUUCUAGUAUACUUACAAAUAUGUUUAAGGACAAAACGCUCACAACUCGUAUUGAUGAAAUAGAUUCUGGCUAUGGAAACUCAGAUAUUGUAAAACUUAUAUCUUUUAAAACUUUUUCCUCAAGUUCUGCAAAAAACAAGAACAUGACUGUACGAGAUAUGCUGAUUCGGCAAUUACUUCAGAUCCGAGGUUUAUCUGUUCAUAAAGCAUUUGCAAUUGUUGAGCAAUACCCUAGUCCAAAAUCACUUAUAAAUGCAUUUAGAAGAUCAGGUAAUCCACUCUUAUUGUCAAAUAUAUCUUAUGGUAUACCAAUCAAAACUAUCGGUCCAGCCAUCAGCAAGACAUUGUUUCAAGUAUACUCUGCAAAUGAUAAUCGUGUUUAAAUUAUAAUUGUAAAGUUUAAAUAAUGAAAUUAUGGAUACUUAUUAGGUAAAUUUUUCUGUGAAAA